AUGGAGAAGCCGACAAUCCCGGGUGGUGGUGGUCGUCGGCGCGGCGAGAGUAGCUGCGGCGUUGGAGGAGUGGCAAGUAGCAACACAGAGAGCGAUGUUGAAGAUCUGGAUGAGCUGUGGCCGUUGCGCCCAUCGUCGGCGGCGGCGGAUUUGCUCGCCAAGGUUUGGGUGGACAAUCUCACGACUUCUGAGCGCUUCACUAAUGGCUUCGGCGGCUUAGAUUUGGAUAAUGAAGUAUGGGAGGUCAGAAUAAAUUUGGAUGGGGUAGAUAACCUUGAGAGGACAAUAGGGCGUGAUGACAUUACAUAUCAGCAGAUUGUUGCCAUGAUUGAGGUCAGGGGAUAUAGCAUUCUAGAUAACAUCUAUUGCAGACAGCUAGAUGGACAGGAGGUAUUGGUUGAGAACAGUGCAAUAAUCUAUCAACUGCUGGACAUGUUUCAAUCUAGUCGAGUUUUAAGCUUGACUGUAAAGAGAAGGGUUGUUCUUGGAUAUCAAUUUCCUUACAUGUGCACUCAAGAAAGCAGAAAUGUUGAGAAGGGAAAGGCAGUACAGAAUGAUGCAGAAGAUGAUGCCAAUAUAUUUUUCGACAUGGGAGAGGCAGACUUUGCUGCAAUGGAGGAGCUAAGGAGGGAGGAAGAAGUGGAAAUAGCUGAGAAGAUUGAGGAGAUCAGAAGGAUUCGAGAGGAUCCAUUUCUUCACUGUGAAGAAAAGCAGAAGACGGUUAAAAGAGGACCCGGACCAACAACGAGAUGUCAUUCGUCUGUGCAAAUUGAUGACAUACUAGACUACAUGCCAUCAUCGGAUGAAGAUGAGUUCCCUGGUUUUCUAAAGGAUGAAGAUGAUGAUUAUUUCCAACCAAUCACAAUGGUGGCACCAAAGGGUAGAAAGAGUCGAAGGAAGAAAAUCCCCCCAAGAAAAUGGUAUGAUGAGAAGAGGCUUCUGUCAGCAUCUGAGAUCAAAGGUGAGAAGACAUUUGUGCUUCAUAAGAUGAAGAUUCACCAUACAUGUCCUACAACAACUGAGUCAACAAGGGUCAGUGCUAGAUGGUUGGCACAUAAAUAUGAAAGUUUGUUCAGAUCAGAUACAAACACGGGAAUUCAGACUUUGAUUGAUAGUGCAAGGCAACACUAUGGUGUCGAAGUCUCAAAGAUGACUGCCUACAGGGCAAAGUGGCUGGAUGUUGAUGCUGUGCUAGGUGAUCAUAGAGAGCAAUAUGUGAGGCUAAGAGACUUUGCCCAAACAAUAGUUAAUACUAACCCUGGCAGUAGGGUUAUUGUAACAACUGUCAGUCCAGCUCCAUCGUUACAGAGCCCUCAUCCAGGUCCUACAUUUCAUGGACUUUUCUUCUGCAUUAAUGGAGCCAGGGAGGGUUUUCUAAAAGGUUGCCGGCCUUUCAUAGGGUUGGAUGGCUGCUUUAUUAAACUAUGCACUGGAGCUCAAAUCUUAGCAGCAACUGGCCGUGAUGGAAAUAAUAACAUGUACCCUAUAGCCUUUGUUGUGGUUCCUAAAGAAGAUACAGCCAACUGGUGCUGGUUUUUGACGCAGCUGAAAUAUGCUUUAGGUGGGGAAUCAGGAGAUUUUGGCUACUACACUAUUAUGUCAGACAAAAGGUUUGGCCUCCUCAAAGCAGUAAGUCAAGUAUUUCCUAAUUGUCCUCAGAGGUACUGCCUACGGCAUAUAUAUGCCAACUUUCAAACUGCUGGGUUUAGGGGUGAGGAUUUGAAGAAAUGCAUGGAUGCAACCGCUUAUGCCUACCACAAAGAUCAUUUUGAUGUUGCCAUGGAAAAUUUGAAGGCAGAGAGUGAAGAAGCUUGGACAUGGCUAAGUAAAAUCCCUGUGCACACAUGGGCCAGGCAUGCAUUCGACACUAACUGCAAGACAGAUUUGGUCGUGAACAACCUCAGCGAUGUAUUCAACAGGUACAUUCUGGAUGUAAGGAAGAAGCCAAUCAGAACCAUGAUUGAAGGGAUAAAGAACAAGCAGAUGACUAGGCAUCAUGACAAAAGGGUAGGUGUACGUACAGCUAGAUGGGAAAUCACUCCUCACUUCACUGAGAUGGUCAAAGAAGUACUCUAG